AUGACAUAUUGUCUGGACGUCGAGAUGUUCAUAAGUGAAGUGGAAAAGUACCCUGAGAUAUGGGACCUAAACAGCGAGGACAACAGGCACAGGAACAGGAAGCAGCGCGCGUGGGGGCAGGUAGCGCAAGUGUUUAUCGCGGAUUUCGACGAGAUGACCGAAAAUGAAAAGUUAGAAGUUUACAGAAAGCUUCAUAGUAAAUGGCGCAAUAUACGGGACUCUUACGUUCGCGAUCUUAAGAGGAAGGACAGCAAAAAGGCCUACAUGUACGCCAAACACUUGACCUUCUUAGACAACCUGUACAAGACCAAUAAUCAUUCCGGCAGUGAGGACUCACGCGAGUGGAAUGACGAAGAUACAACGAAACUAAAGAAGCUUGCAGGGAAAAGAAGACGGUUUGAUAUACUAAAUGAAUCCAAUGUUUGGACUAGCGAUGGUGAGGAAGAAGUACCUUCAACUAUAGACAAUCUUAAACGUCGAAGGGUUAAAGAGAGUAAAGCAGAAAAAAUAGAAUUUGUCGACGCUCCAUACACCGACACAAGUUGUAGCUACACCGUAGAAGAUGAAGAUAGAUCAUUCUUCGAAUCCCUCUUGCCUGCAGUAAGAGAAUUCAAUGUGGACCAAAAGUUAGAAUUUCGCAGCGAAGUUAUAAACCUGAUUAAGGAUUUUAGAAAAAACGGAAGCAAAUUCAAAAUAGAUCUUUCAUAG